ACAACAGAGAUAGCCUUUGGCCCUAAAACCUCUGCCAGGACUGAGCCAAAGAUGUUACAAUGCAAUCUAAUCCUGGAGGGGGACAGAAGUUUUAUAACAACACACAGAGAAGCUUACCAAGCUCAGCCUUUAGAUGGCGCUCCACUGCUGAUGAGAAAAUCCUCAGUAAAUGAUGCGAGGACCCUAAAAGAACAAACUACUAAACCAUUACCGCACUACCAAACAAACUACCAGCAGAACUUCCUCCCACCACAAGGCAUUUCAAUGAGGAGACUUCAAGCUCUGCCCUGCCCUGAUAACCUUGCUGUUAACCCUGCACUAAGGACUGACUUUAGGACAGUACAAAUGGAGACCUACCCAGGCUGGGACAUCCCUCUACACUCACGCAUUUUUCCUGCUCAACUUAGGGAACAGCAGUUUAAAAAUGAAGCGCUUACACUCAAUGUCUCUAGCAGGAAGGCCUCAACCCUCAUCUCUCCGGUCAGUAAUGGACGAUCCUUUGAAAACAUGUGGCCAGCACUGGCACAGAAGCACUGACGAGCAGUGGCUCCAGAGGGAAAGGGCUACCUGGGAGGCGCAGUGAGCCAAGACUCAUCUCUGAUGCUUUGCAAAAAUAUCGCUCUAUGCACACUUCAUAUCUUAUAGGGGACCAGAAGACAUACAGGGGAAAUAUUUGAACAAAUGUGCGAGCUGCACACCC